CGUUCUUGUGUUCUGUUUUCAGCGCGGAGCUUGCAUGGAUUUUUACGGUAUUAUGGCUGGCUGGGUUUGUUGCUUAAUCGGCUUAUUGGGGUUUUCCUUCGACGGUCAUGUCUUCUUUCGCGACUUGGCCUGUUUUUCUAUCUUCUUCCCUCCUUGGCUAUCAGGGCCAUUUAUGUCAUUUUCCCAUUCUCUUUUGUCCCGUCUGGCACGGUCUUUGGAUUUUCGAACACACUUCCUCCUUUAUUCAUUAUUCCCUGGUCAUGUCUCUCCUAUGUUUAUGGUCUUUAGCAUGUGCUUACGAUGAUGUUUUUCAUGUGCCAUGUUUGCGAUCGGCGCUCGAUCUCUCAGCGUCCCAGCUCCGAAUGAACAAAACAUUCAGUAUUGGUGGAGAACCUCAUAUCCAGUCUAGCGUGAAUUUGAUCUGACGGGCGCAUGACUGGCCCCGUGUUCUUCUUUGAGAAUGUACGUGGCUGAAAGUUGCCCUCCGGUCUUUCCGAGUAGAGUAGUCGAUGCUGGGCUGCGAGUAUACGAGCAAUGCGUUGCGUUGCGU